CUUUGGAGGUUUUUAGGAUGAUGACGUGGGAGGAAAAGGAAGAUGUGAAUGAGUUUGUGGUAACUAGUGUUCUUAGUGCUUUUACCUUGCCAAAAUUUAUUGAUAUUGGUAAGCAAAUUCAUUGUCUUGCUGUGAAAAAUGGGUUGUUUUCAGUUGUAUCAGUUGGAAAUGUUGUCGUUACCUUGUAUGCAAAGUGUGGAAGCUUAGAUAACGCGUUGCAAAUGUUUGAACUUUCGAGUGAGAAGAACUCUAUUACGUGGUCUGCAAUGAUCAUUGGGUAUACACAAAGUGGCGAUGGUGAGAAGGCAUUGAAAAUGUUCUCGGAUAUGCAUUUUUCUGGGAUGAGGCCUAGUGAAUUCACUCUUGUUGGGGUGCUCAAUGCUCGUAGUGAUGUUGGUGCUACUGUAGAAGGAAAACAGUUGCAUGGCUAUUUGAGGUCCUUUGGGGCUAAGCCUGAGGCUCCAGAAGUUUUGGCUGGACAGCAGAUUUUGAGGGACUUUAAGGUAGAGUCCCAUGAGAGGAUUCAAGUGAGGUUUACAGAGAUUCCGAAUCUACACCUAUGGCUUGUUGCGAUGUCUGCCAGUGCUGGGUGUACUGCCAGUGUGAUGACAUCAGGUUUACCUUUGCCCUUGUUUACAAAUAAGAAAAGAUAUAUUAUUUCACCCUACCGAGCAGGUAGUUCAAGGAUUGUGUUUAAUAAGGGAUGAUGCAGAGCUUGCCAAUAGGAAAGAGAUAUUGGGAAUCUCAUAUGCUGUGGACAUCUGGUGCAGCUACACAGCAUGUUAUUCCACUGCUUCGAGACUUGAAGGUGGAGUCCCAUGAGGGCAUUUGAGAGCCUGGAAGUACUGGACUUUGCUGAGGCAAAUUUUGGAAAUUUUGAGCAGACUGAAAUUCAAUUUGGUUCUUGUUUAUAGGGAAACAAACUGUAUGGCAGAUUUUUUUGCAAACCUUGCUGUCUUGGAUGGUGACUGACUUCUCACCAUGCAUGCUGUUGUACAGCCAUCUUUGGCAAAAGCAAAAACAGGUAGUUUCCAUCUCACCUUAUACAUGUGUCAGUGAGAUGUUUUAUGCAUUCCCAUAUUUUAAUUCUCUGUUGUGGCAUGCAAGGAAAUUAGGCUAUAGCCUAUAUGCAAUUGAAUCACUAAUGUAGGCUGUAUGCAGCAUACAGAGCAGUUGAACUGUAGCCAUUGGGUGAAUCAGUUUGCUUAUAGUUGUCCAAUUGUCAGCCACAAUGCGCCAAAGAAGAAGAAAGAUGAUACAAUAUUGAAUCUUGUUAGAGGUGGAGAUUCCUAACUGUGUUCUGUGCGUAGAAUAUAGACAACAUGGACACUUUCAUUCUUUCAGUCAGGUUGAUAAAAUCUAGUUAUUUGCAUUCCCAUCUUUGACUAAAUGAGAAUCCUCUUUCUUGGGUUACUAUAGUGAUUAUUUAGUUAUUGGGGACAGCCGUUCGUGGUGAAGGAGAUGCUCUAAAUUUAUAGUAACUGGCUAAUCAGGAAAACAGUCGGUAUCCGUAACUUGAAAGCAUGUCUGAUUUCUAAUUUUAGUCAUUUAGUCUGGCUUUCUCUAGUUUGUGAUCUUGUGGUUGCUUG